AUGGCGAUAACAGAGGACAAACAUGUGAAAUUCAUGUUUAGUAAGAUGGACAAAUGGAAACAAGCAGCAGAUUUUGAGUUAUACGUCACUUUGGAGCCUCGUGCAGAAGUCGGCGUAGAGGACGAAAUUGUACAAACAACUACAUCUCUACAGUUUGCAGUCCUAGAUGAUCAAUGCACCACAUUGGGAGGCUAUACACCCCCUUUUCAAGAGACACCAGUAACAAUUGAGAUUCCAGUAGUUGAAGAUGAAGAUGAAGAUGAAGACGAAGACUGUUCUAGGGAAGAUGGUGAGGAUAGAGAUGAGUAUGAAGAGAGGAUUGACGAUGGUGACUUUGACAGGGGUCUUGAUGACCAUGAAAUUACUCACAUUCCUCAUGUUGAUGAUAUGGCUGAAUGUGAUGAAGAUGAUGAGGACGCUAAUGCUAGAGUUCAGCAUGUUACAAAUACGACCCUCGUUUAUGAACCUCCUGCCUCAUCAUUUUAUGAAAAUACUUGGGAAAAUAUGGUUGAUCCUGAAGUUGUUCAGCAAUCAUUUGGUUCUUGGAAUGCAGACAUGAAUUUUGCGAAAGGGUUGAUUUUUGCUAAUAAAGAUGCAGUGAGACGUGCAUUAACAAUUUACGCCGCAAAGCAUAACAGAAACUUUGUGACUAGUAGGUCGACCACAAGUAGACUGUCUGUGAAAUGCAGCGAUGAAUCAUGCAUGUGGUACGUUGGGGCAGUUGUGAAGCCUGAACUCGGACUAUGGAUGGUCACAUCUUAUAGGGGUCCUCAUAGUUGUAUGCCCCUUGCCACGGCCCUUGAUGGUAGAAUGAUGGAUUGUAAUUUUCUAGCAGAAGAAUUUGUUCCAUUGUUGAAAGAGAAACACACGACAACAAUUUAUCACCUCAGAUAUUUCAUUAAAGGGAAGUAUUAUGGGCAUAUUUUUUAUUACUAUAAGAUAUGGGAUGCGAAACAACGAGGUAUUGCAAAGAUAUUUGGGGAUUGGGAAGAGUCUUACGAAAGGUUGAAAAAGUUAUUGUUUGCAUACUGGGAUCAAGAACCUGGCACCCGUUUCUGGUUUCACACCAUACCCAGGGACGAGUUCGAUGAUACAAUAUUGCGCUAUAUAUUUUGGGCUUUCGCUCCAUGCAUUGCAGGAUUCAGACAUUGUAAGCCAGUGAUCAGUAUUGAUGGGACCCAUUUGUAUGGUAAAUAUCGAGGGGUGUUGUUGAUUGCAAUGGCCACCGAUGCCAACAACAAGGUUUUGCCUCUUGCCUUUGCCGUUGUGGACAAAGAGUCAGGGUCUAGUUGGGGGUGGUUUUUAGAACGCCUCAGGAAUGCACUGGGGGAUGUGAUAGCAGAUAAGGACAUCUUUCACAGAUAUUGCCUUCGACAUGUUGCUAGCAACUUCAACACGCAUUUUCAGGACGCCACUUUAAAGUCAUUAGCCUUGAAAGCGGGGUAUGCUACUAAGGAAUCAAAAUUUGAGCUGUACAUGCAACCUAUCAAGGAAGCUGAGAUCGAGGCCCUUAGGAAGAAACGGAGAACCGAGCGGCAGGAAAGUGAACCCGACUCAUCCAUCAUGCCAUACACAUAUCUAAUGAAUGAGGAUCUAGACAAGUGGACCCAACUACAUGAUGGUGGAUACCGUUAUGGGGCUAUGACAACCAAUGUCUCGGAGUGCUUCAAUGGAGUACUCAAAAGUGCCCGUGGCCUACCCAUUGCUGCAAUGGUUGAAUUCACUCAUUGCAAACUUGUUGCGUAUUUCCAUGAUCGACACAAAGAAAUUACUCAUGAGCUCUCAAAGGACAAGAAUGGUAUAUAUCAAGUAAUUACUUCAUACAACAUCUAUAGCUCUGGAGGGGGACACCAUAGUUAUGAAGUAAAUGUAAAGGCCAGAACAUGUGGUUGUGGAAAGUGGCAAAUUAGAAAGAUCCCUUGUUCACAUGCAAUUAAAGCUCUUCAGUACUUGGGGCAAGAUGUGACUGCAUAUAUUGACCCAUGUUAUAGUUUGGUGAACGCCAUUCACACCUACUCACAUGCAUUUGUGGUGCCAAAGUCAGAUUCAUUGUGGAGGGAUGUGGAUGGUCCAAAGUGGGUGCCUGACCCAAAACUGUUGCGGGGCAAAGGUCGACCUGUGGCGUCUAGGAUACGAAAUGAGAUGGAUGGGGUCCGGCGAGAACCGGGAAGCCGGAGGCCAGAUUCUGACUUGAGGGAGAUUCAGCAAAAGCAGAGCUGUGGACUGUGUCAUCAACAUGGGCAUAACCGUAGAAGAUGUUCGCUUUCCCGUGGGGCUUCGACAAGCAGUAAUAAUCCAAACUAG